AUGGUGUCGGUUGGGGGUCCCACAUCUUUUCUGUCGACAGUCUUCAUCAAAAUGGGUCAGAAGGAUAAACAGGAGCUGGCCUACAUCAACGUCUCGGAGCAGAAUGGCGCCCUCGGUCGGGAUGAUGCGAAGAGAGGGGCAGGCACACUGGAGGAACAGACUCGAACGAGACGGCUGUUUAGUACACCACAACUCUUCGCUUUCUCUUUGGUGUAUCUUGGGACAUGGUACUCAAUUGCCACAAAUAUGUACUUUGCCCUCAACAACGGCGGUCCUGCGGCAUGGUUCUGGAGCUACAUCAUCGUGGUUGCUGGUGUUCUGUGCCAAGCUGCAACGUUCGGUGAGAUGGCAUCCAUACAACCAAUAGCAGGUGCCCAGUAUUACUGGACGUGGAACUUCUCCCCUCCCAGCUGCAAGCGCUUUCUGACUUGGAUGCAAGGGUGGAUGACCUGGACUGGCUACGUCGCCCUUCUCGCCAGUUGCCUCAAUGGCAACACGCUGGUCCUCGAGGGCAUGAUUCAGCUCACGCAUCCCAACUAUGAGCCAGGGGGCUGGCAUACGACUUUGAUCAUCUUUGCAACUGUUGCAUUUUGUUCUACAGUAAAUCUGUUCGCCUUCCGGCUUGUCCCCUGGUUUGAGCUGUUGUCCGGUAUCCUCAACAUUUGCCUUUUCUUCAUCUUCAUCGUUGUUCUCUGGGUGUUGUCGCCACGCAAUAAUACUGCGAUCUUCUUCGAGAGCAAUGUCUCGUCUGGCUGGGACAAUUAUUUUGUGGCGGCCAACCUGGGUGCGCUGUCGAAUAUUUUCCUCUUCUGCUCCUUCGAGAGUGUCAUUCAUAUGGGCGAGGAGACCCGUGAUGCCAAACGUGCCGUUCCGACAGCAAUGUUUUGGGCUGUUUUCACCAACGGCCUCCUUGGCCUUAUCAUGAUCAUCACAUUCGCGAUGUGCAUGCCUUCUGUGGAUAUUCUUCUCAAUUCAUCCAGCCCACUCGUCACCAUCAUUCUGAACACCACCGGGUCCGCCAAAGCCACUACAGCUAUGACAUCCGGCCUGGUGGUGCUGGGCAUAUCAGGAAACAUGGGUGUCGUCUCCUCCGUAUCUCGGCUCACGUGGGCAUGGGCACGAGACGGCGGGCUACCACAAUAUUUCAGCAUCGUCGAUGGCAAAACUCGCGUUCCGGCACGUGCAGUCUUUAUGACCUCCAUCAUUGUGCUACUGCUCUCACUUCUCAACAUUGGCAGCAGCUCUUACAUUGCACUCAACGCCAUCGUAUCCCUCUCGUCCUUGGCGAUAUACAUGAGCUACGCCAUUGUCCUCGCCUGCGUCCUUUAUGCCCGUCUGACGAAUGGACUCCAACUUGGCCAAUGGAACAUGGGCAGGGCCGGCACUGCGAUCAAUGUACUGGGACUUAUUUACACCAUCUAUGCGAUGAUCUGGCUGCCUUUCCCUACUGAUCUCCCGGCGACAGCCUCCAACAUGAAUUAUUGUGGCCCCGUUUUUGGGGCGGUCCUCGUUGCGGCUAUCACGCUUUGGUUUCUCAAAGCUCAGAGAGGAUGGGAUGGUCCGAACAGUGCUGUGGUCGAUUUCGUGUUGAAGACUGGAUCAUGA